CCGCCGACCGGCAUAUAAGCCGCUGCAGGGGUGCCGCUGCAGGUGACACGGCAGCCAUGUCAGUUCCGCUGCUCCUGGCGCUGCUGGCCGCGCUCACAGCGGAUGUCCGCGCGGAAUGUCCCGACUCCGCCGGCGACCUGAAACGGUGGAGCUCGGCAGACUCGUGGAACUCCGCACAGGUGCCAGCUGGAGGAGACAUUACGGUAAAUACGCCGAUACUUCUUGACGUCAGCACGCCGAGUAUGGACACGGUUACCAUCGCCACCGGCGGGAGGCUGGUGUUCGACUCCUCGGUGGAAUUUCUGAAGCUGACCGCCAACAUGAUAGAGCUGACCGGCGGCGAGCUGUGGAUCGGUUCCGAGGACUGUCCCUACGUCAGCGAGGCCGAGGUUCUUCUGACCGGUCAGCGGGACGAGACGGAGGGCGCUGCCAGUGUCCAGAAGGCCGUCCUGGUUCGCGAGGGGGUCCUGGAGGUGCAUGGAAAACCUAAACGUCCCUGGACUCAGCUAGCUGCGACUGUACCCAAAACGACCCGAUCCGAGGUGAUUGGAAAUCCAAUUUACAGCGCCACUGACAGCGAUGCCACCUUUCCGGGAACUGGGUUCCGUAUGAUCGAGUUUGACAGCUCCGGAAAUGUCGUCAAAAAUUGGGGCCGUGUCUCUAAUCCGCAAAAGUUCAACAAAGUCAAAGAUAACACCGGCAGCGUAGUGGUUGUUGUAUUAUCCAGGAAUGUUGUGCUCGACAGUAACUCCCCAGACACCGCCGAUGCCUUCGAAGACAUGUGCUUUGGCGGCAGCCGGGAGUCGGCGAUGGCCUCCAUGGUGGACGGCCAGCGGGUGGCCUUUGCGGCGGUGUGCCACAUUGGCUCGCCGAGCGAUAGCACCGAGAGGGUCGGCUCGCAGGUCCACUACCGGUCGGAGACGGGCUGGGUGCACGCCACCGUCGGCGGCGUGGACUUUGCCGGCAUGUCCGUGGUGUCGCUGGAGUCCUCCGGGUCAGCGGAGGACCAGGUGGAGGCCGCCACCUACACUGCCGGAGGCGUGCCUUCUCUAGAGCAGACCGUAGAGCUGGUGGACGGCGUCGGGACCUGGAAACCUGGCGACCAGAUCGCCAUAGCGUCGACCGACUUUGAUUACCUGCAGGCAGAGGUGUUCGAGGUCCUGCAGUGCAGCUCCUGCAGCAAGUACCAGGUGAAUAUCCGGGGUCCCGUCCGCUACACGCACUGGGGAGAGGUCACGGAUGGGGUCGACAUGAGGGCAGAGGUCGGCGUACUGACCCGAAACGUUCGAUUCCACGGAGAGAUGGAGCCUGAGUGCUAUGGCGGCAAUCUGUGCGAUGAGUUUGAGCAGGACACCUUCGGAGGGCAGAUCAAAGUUUUGAAGGAUUUCACAACCGUCAAGAUCGAAAAUGCCGAGUUUUUCCAUAUGGGACAGCAGGCCGUCAUCGGGUCGUACCCGAUUCAUUUCCACAUGUGUCUGGACACAUCGUCCAAGGGGGUAUACAUUCGUAAGAACUCAAUCCACCACACAUUCUCUCGCUGCCUGACCAUCCACGGCACCCACAACGUCACGGUGGAGAACAACAUGGCCUUCGAUCACUUUGGCCACUGCUACUUCCUAGAAGACGGUGGGGAACAACAUAAUACGUUCAAAAAGAAUCUUGGAUUUGGGACGAGACCGGGCACAUUGCUCCCGACCGAUGCCUUCGGCAGGGUGUCAACAUUCUGGAUAACCAAUCCGGACAACGCGCUGAUCAACAACCACGCCGCGGGCUCGUUCGGCAUCGGGAUAUGGAUCCUGAUGCCCCGCCUGCCCACGGGUCCGUCCGCCAGUGUCGACAUGGGACUGGUUGAACUCCAGGCGAGACGCACUAUUCUAAAAGCGUUCCGAGGCAACGUAGCACACUCGAACCGCAACUUUGGCUUCCGGCUGGACGAUGAGCUGUUUCCGGACGGGACGGUGGCGCCCGAUAUCUACGAGCCGAGGGAGGAUCCCACCGACCCCGACAGCGACCCGGUGCUCAUGACGCUCGACGACUUCACCGCUUACAAGAACUCAGAGGGCGCGUGGAUCAAGGGCGUGUGGUCGCUUCUGAACAACUUCCGGCUGGCUGAGAACGGAGUGGGCAUCAUCAUCGCGUCCUCUUUCCCAGAGGAUUUCGGUCCGUAUUACCAAGUCAUGGCAAACUCUCGCAUUGUCGGUGAAACGGCCAACAUCGGCGAGCCGGCCGGCGAAGUGACUUUGGAAUCUGGGGAGGUCAUCGUAAUGAACCGGUCCAUUCCCAGGAAGGAGCCCGAGUACGCCCUGAUCGGCUUUGUCUUUUACCGCGGCCCGCUUCACCUCAUGGACACGUCGUUUGCUGGGUUCAAGGCGAACGCUCUCCACCCAGCAGGUGCCAUUGGCAAGAAAUUCUCCAACCCAUACUUCUCCUCGCCAAUCAACAGCGUUCGGAACGUGACGUUCGACUUCAGCGACCCCUCGGAGGGCGCCAGGUUCUAUGACGGAGACGGCACCGUCGUCGGAUACGAGGAGCGGGACGGGAACCGGCACAACGUCCUGCUGGACUGGGACGGCUCGCUGACCACCUUCCCGGGCUCCAGCCUCGUGCGCCCGAUCCCGCUGCUGACCAACGCUCGCUGUGUGGAGGUGCCCGACUGGGGGCCCGGAUCGGCGCUCUGCCCCGACCGGUUCACCCGGCUCCGGCUGGGCGAAGUCGGCAAAAUACCCACCUUCCUGACCCGGAACGACCUGAUGGCCUCCGAGGUGGAGGUGUCGCUGUUCGAGCAGCAGAUCAGCUACGCCCUGAACUCGGCCGAGUCGUACAUCCUGCACAUGAACACGACGGUGCCGGCCCGGUUCCGGGUGGCCGUGUUCGCGAUGGACCAGAACGUCACCCAGCUGGUGGGAGUCUGUGUCGGCGCCAGCCAGACCCUGAGGCUAAAACCCGACAGCUACACGCCCGUCAGCUCCCUGGACGAGCUGAACGCCGACACGACCAACUCCAAGUAUUUCUACGACUCGGAGGCUGGAGUCGUUCUGCUCAGAUUUUCGAACCCGUACGCCCGCGGUAGCAGCACGCUCUCCAACUGUCCGGGAGAGUUCGACGGCGACGGGAACGGCUCCUGUCUCACAGAGGUCACAUUUAUCCUGGACGCCUCCAACGACGACGGCGACUGCCGGGAGCGCGCCUACCCGCGGUACCGGACCGAGCCGGUCUCGGCCGACGGCGCCCUCACAGCGCCCACCUUCGACUGAGGCCCUAGGUACACACGGUACAACGAGCCGAUCUCUACCGACCGGCUUCUACUGAGGACCUGCCCGCGGUACCGGACCGCCCUGGUCUCAGCCGCCGGCGCCCUAACUGUGUCGGCACCCUCUACUAAGAGCGGCGGAGGGACACGUUCGACCAACAGGCUCAAGAUGAAAUGACGGGCAUAACAAGAUAGUUCGUAGUAGUGCCGUUUUCACGACAGGCUAUCCUGCGAGUGCAUCUGAUUUGACCAAAUCUGCACCUAAUUUCUUUUACAGCAAAUAUCUUCAUUUUAUGAAUUUAUUUCAGUGUUUAAAUCGAUGAUGCUCACUGAUAAUAUGACAAAGCAGGCAUAUAAGCAAUUAGUGCAACCCUAGCUGAUAGCUGCUAAGAGCGCUGAACUGAACCUGAUUGGACCAAAUCUGCACCUAAUCUGUACCAGAUGUGUACCAAAUGUGUACCAGAUGGCCGUCGUGAAAACGGCUAAUGUGGUUCCGGCCAAUGUGCACUAAAGUUGCCAUGCGUGUUGGUUGUUUGAAUACAUUUGUGGGGCAUUA